CGCAGAUAGUUCACCUAUAUCUUCACCUACUUUUCAGGACUCGUUGUCGCGCCAAACCCGGAAAUCAACAACAACAACAACAACCACAAGAAGCAACUCCUGCCUGCCACGUUCACAUACACACGCACAUGCACACGCACGCACAGACACGCACACACGCGCCUUCCGCAUCCCUGAGACACCUUCACCACCACGAGGAUGAACUCACGCCUUCGCGAGCUGGAGGACCGCCGUCGUCAACUCGAGAACAACCUGGAGGAGUUGGACAUUCAGAUUGCCAACUAUGAGACGACGUUUCUGAAUGAAUCGCCUUAUGGAAACGCAGUCCUCGGCUUCACCUCGACCCUGCAAAGCCCAAAGGAGAUUACACCAGACCAGCGCAUCUUCUCGUCCUCCUCCAAAUGGAACAAGCUGUCCACACCUUCAUCGGUGGUGCCAGUGCCGCCACCGAGCACGACGGGCAGAGGAAAGGGCAAAGGCAAAGGCGAAGGGAAGGGGAUAGUUGAGGAGGAAAGGAAGGAGGAGGAGCAAGGCAGAGGCAGAGGCAGAGGCAAAGGGAAGGGGAAGGGGAAGGGACAAGGGAAGGGAAAAGGAAAGGGAAAAGGGAAGAGCGAAUGACACGUGGCAAGAGAAGGCAAUGCGUGCAAUGUGACUGUGUCGCCACCUGAGCGCUUAAUUAUACCUGGUCUAACUGACACGUAGCUUGUGUUUUGUGUGAGCAUGUGUGUGUGUGUUGUGCUUUUUGUACACACGCGAUGAUGCCGUUGCAUGAUCAGGGUCGCCAUAGUUUGGCACUCAAUAUAUUGUACAUUGCUAGGCGACAACAGCGUCAUGUCACAGCCAAACAA